AUGUUGGCCAAGCAUGUCCUGGAGCUUGAGGAGGAAGCUCAGGAGUUUCAGGAACCAGCUAAAGACAUGGAAAUGCCCGGUGGCUUGUCUCAUGAUGAGGAGCACAACUGGACCCAUCACCUUCCUGUGCAUCAGAAGUUAGAUGUUCUCCAAACUUCCCGUAAGGCACCGUGUGGCUCCUAUGACUUUUUUCAGUCUAAUGUGGACAAGCAUAUGGGAGUGGAUGCCUUUGCCCCAUGGGCCCAUGGCAGUGACCCUUACCAGGAGUACCCAGAGAACACCAGGGAAGCAGAUCCCCACAUGCUGCACGAGGAGGCCAUUGCAGACAGGGAGCUCCCGUUCCUGCAGCCGACCUACGACAUGCUCAGGGAGGAAAACUCCGUGCUCAAGAGGAUGGUCAGGAGCAUGCAGAGCUCCUUGAAGAGCCAGGAGUGCACAAUGAGGCAGUGGGAGAUGCAGCUGAAAGCCAGCCUGGUCAAAGAGGAGAGGAAAGCCCAAGAGCUAGAGUCCUUUGCCCAGUGGACUGAGUGCAAUCUCCAGCUAAUGACCCAGUGGGCUCUGGAGGCAGAAAGUAACGUGGAGAAGCUGAAGCAGGAGAUCUUUAUUCUCCGGGGAGAGCUGGACAGAGUCAGGCUGGAGAAUGAAAACCUGAAAGCAGAUAAAAAAACUGACCUGGGAGCAGUGAAGCACAACAUGGACUUCGCCUUGCAGAACCUCCACAAGAUAAUAAAUGGUGCAAACUGGUCCAUCACACAGCUCACCUCUGGACUGGAGUCACUACAUUUCCUUGCUGAGGUCCUUAAAUCUACAGGCAAAAUUUCUGAAGUUGGAGCUGAAAAAGAGCUGUGA